CUUCGUUGUUAAACUUGAUAUAUAUAUAUAGGACUCACAAAACUAACCCUUAAUUAUAAGGAAAAUAUAAACAAUUUAAUCAAUAGUUUGAAUUAAAUAUAUAAUUAAUAUAUAUUUGUGUUAACUAUAAAUCAGAUGAGUCUACAUAAGCCUGUAGUAAAACGGGCCACUUCUGCACCACCAGUCAAGAGGAAUGCCUUAAAUACAAAUAAAAUCAAUUCAAUGGACGCCAACUCAAAAGCCGGUGCUGCAGAUGAAGUGUUGUUUAUGAAUGAGUUUGAAGACGUGCCUCGAGUUAUGAUAUUUUCGGGCAAAGAUCUGGAAAGAGAAUUAGCAAAAAUCCGAGAGAUCUGUUCGGAUCCAAGUAUUCAUUGGGAGAAAAGGACAGAAGCACUGAAGCGUUUGCGGUCACUACUAAUAGCCGGCGCCGCAGACUUUGACGAGUUUUCUGGUUAUUUAAAGCCAUUAGAGCUGUCAUUCCAAGUGUCGGUUAAAGACUUGCGAUCAAAAGUAGUUCGCGAGGCUUGCGUUACAAUUGCUUAUAUGUCUGAACGACUUGGGAUCAGAUGUGACCGAUUUGUCGAAGCAUUGCUACCAACUCUUAUAAAUUUGAUUCAAAAUAGUGCCAAAAUUAUGUCGAGCUCUGCAGUGGUUGCCAUCCGUUUUAUAAUACAAUCGACUCAUACAAAUCGUUUAAUUCCAGUCAUUACAUACAAUAUAUCGUCGAAAUCCAAAGAGAUCCGCAAAUCUUGUUGUGAAUUUCUUACCCAAUUACUAUACACAUGGCCUCCUCAGGCACUGGAGAAGCACGUGGGUAUCAUAUCGGAUGCAAUUAAAAAAGGCAUUUGUGACGCCGAUCCCGAAGCCCGAGCCUAUGCACGCAAAGCAUUCUGGGGUUUCUCUGAUAAGUUCAAGAAAGAGGCCGACUAUUUGCUUAAUUCAUUAGAUGGUACUAAACAACGGAUACUUCACGGCGAACAAUAUAAUAUGACGAACUGGAGUUCAACUAAUUCACUAAACAAAUCGAGUCCUCAAAGACCUCGAACUUUUCGAACCAAUAGUCUGUCUUCCAAUGGUUCGGUCGAAAAUUUGAGUCGUCAACCAAGUAUUAAAUAUAUCGGCGGCCGAUCCAAAAUACCUGUCCUUUCACCACGAAAUGAAGUACCUGCACGUUCAGUUAUGCCCUCUCCCUUUAGAACUACCAGUGCUAUUGAUUCGGGGGCACAGCAAAGGGCUAAAGCAAGAGCUGACUAUAUUUCAGCUCUGGCACAGCCUAAAGUUAUUAACAGUCCUCGAUCUACGUAUAAAAGGGCCGAUUAUUUGGCUUCGCUUACAUCACCCGAUAGGAGUCGAUCUAAAUCAAGAGUUUCAAAGUCACAACCGGGCAGUCGGUCGGCGUCUCCCUCGCGAUACUUCAAUGUUUAUAUGGAAAAGACAUAUAAAGAGUCAACUAUACAUGACAUGCAUGUAUUGCCAACUAAUGACAGCUAUAUUGCUAACCAUAGCCUUAACCACAGUUUAAGCCAGAGUGUUAACCAUACUGUUGAUCACAUUAUUAAUCAUAGUAGUGGCAGCCAUAAUCUUAAUCAUAGCCUUAAUGUUAGUGUCAACCAUAACGGUGGCCCCAGUGGUGAUCAUAAUGGGAGUCAACAAUAUGUUGAGUGUGAAGACAGUGCUUACUUUAAUAUAGUUCUUAUAAGCUUACGUUCCAACACAAAGGAUACCGAAUCUCAAAAAGAAAGUCUUAAUGAUUUGAUUGAAUUGAUUCGUGAGGGAAGUAAUGAAGAAUGGGCUCAACGAUUCAAAGAGGUUUAUCGUAUUUUAUUGGAUAAAAUGACUGAAUUAACUAAUAGUGCCAUUAGAGCUAUGGCUUUAAGAGUAAUGUGUGAAUUAUUAAUGAAAAGGACUAAAUAUUUUCCUGAAUUUAUUGAAUUAACUAUUCUUCGAAUUCUUGAGUCGAGUAAAGACUCUGAGAAAGAAGUGGUUCGUGCGGCUGAAGGCGCGGCCGGGACUGCGGCAGCUGUUUUGCCACCCGACCAGUGCCUCAAAAUACUUAACUCUGUUAUUAAAACCAGUGAGAGUCCUAUUAACAUUGCAGCUAUUAAAAUGUUAAAUAAAUUAAUUGAAUUACAACCAAAGCAUAUUGUGAUGGAUUUAUUACCCCAAAUGAUGCCAUCAUUACUACAAGCUUACGACAAUCCCGAGAGUGCCGUUCGUAAGGCCGCUGUUUUUUGUAUGGUUUCCAUACAUUCAGUUGUUUCCGAUGCGAUUAAUCCAUACGUGUCGUCAUUAAAUGCAAGCAAAAUGAAGUUAUUACAGCUUUAUAUUGAGAGAAAUAAGAGCCAAUCUGGUCCCGGACCCGGAGCCAGUACUGGAUCACCAUUAAUGGCCAGCUCUUGACUCAUAACUACACCAUUAAAUGACUAUUCUUUGUGCCACUAAAUCUUCAUUUCUCUGUUAAAACAUUGACUUUCUUGACAAUUGUGUCAAUAAAUUGAUUCCACAAACUCUUAAAUACUUAGUUUGCAAUCAGUUUCUAAAACUUUAGAUAUUUUGUUUUAAUAACU